GACUCCUCCCAGCUUCUGCUGCGCCCGUCGCCGCCUCUUGCUUUGUUGAUGUUUCACUUAGUUUUAAUACCCAGUUCCCAAGAUGGAGGCAUCGUUGGGGCCACGCGACUUGCUCGGGCUAAUCGCAGGGCUCCUUCUCCUGUUGCCCUCAAGCCUAUCCGCCCCGGAUCCGACAACCGUCUUCUCCCGGGUGGUAAGCCAGGAAAACAUCAAGAUUAAAGUAAAUAUAUUGGAAAACAGUGGGGAUAUUCAGGAAAGACAGGUUGUCCUUAAUAUCACUUACAUGAAUGGUCAGGUGUAUGUAAAUGACUUUCCACUGAAGAGCGGAGUCACCCGGAUAAAAUGUCAAACUAUAAUUUCGAAGAAUGGAAACUCUGAUACUUUAUUGGAUCAGAAGCAAUUAGGAAUCGUCAGUGUUCGCAUUAUGGUCCACGAGUGGCCAAUGGCAUCCAGCUCCAACUUGCAAUUGAUUGUUGUUCAAGAAGAAGUGACAGAUAUUGAUGGAAAACAGGUUAAACAAGAUGAAGUGACAGAAAUAGACCUAUUGGUUAAAGAUCAGCGAGUCCUGAGACAUACAAACUACACUGUUCCUCUGGAAGAAAGCAUGCUGUAUUCCAGCCCGAGGGACAAUGAUAUUUUGUUUACACUUCCCAACCUUGCAGGAAAAGAUGUUGAAAGUCCUCUACAAACGACCAGUCACUAUCUUCUCAGGCAAGUAGAAACUACAGUAGAUGAACAGACAAUGCCUGGCAAGUUGCCAGAGACUCCACUCAGAACACAGCCACCAUCUUCUUACAAGGUGAUGUGCCAGUGGGUGGAAGAUCUGAGAAAGGAGCUUUGUACAUUUUGGCUCAAAUCUUUUCCUGUGUUUUUUAAUUUUAUGGAGGUCAUUGUGGUUGGAAUUAUAGGAGCAGCUUUAAUCAUAAAAGUAUUAAAAGUGUUUUGCCCAUCAUGUGAAAACAGGGGAAUCCUUCAACUUGAUACCAGUGUCAUACCUGUGGUUGCAAUAAGUUUACUUCCAGAUAUUCCAGAGAAGAUAAACAAUGUAGAGGAGAAAUGUAUUUAAAAACAUGUGUACUAUAAUUAUAUGAGUUUGUUGACCUAAUUAAUUUGGCACUUGAAUCUUAAUAUAUUAUGUAAUUCAACCUUCCAAAUCUACUGCCCUCCAAGACAUUGGGACUACAACUCCCAGUAUUCAUGAAUAAUUGCAGUUCUGACAUAUCUAGAGGGCUCUAGUUUGGGAACUGCUGAUUUCACAGCAGUUCUCAAUCUGCUGUUUUUAUUAAAUCUAUGAACGAUCCAUAUUUAAAGGACAGUUAAGGUUGAGGUCCAGAAGAGUUUCUGGUUUCUUUUCAUUUCAACCAUUGUAAUAUAUUCUUGACAGGGAAAAAAAAGCAGUUUCCUUACUUAAGGACUUCUGUAAGUUCUAACUUCUGUGAAGUAAUUUCCCACUUCCUGAAACGAUAUCCUGCAUCUUCCCAAUUACACUGGUUGUAGGACAUAGCGUGCUAAUCCAGUAAAUUUGACCCAAACUCAUGGAACAGAGUAAAUAGCAUGAACAGGAGCAUAGACUUGUGACAAAACUAAAAGCUAUUUUAGGCCUGACGUCUUUAAGCGUGCCUUAUGGGAGAGAUCAAAAGCAAAAGAGUUUUCAUACUGCUCUGACAAUAAAUGGAUUAUUGGUGCAA